GAAACUUACGGUUUAUACUUAAUGCUUUAUUAAUGCUAAGGGAAUUUAUUUAAUUUAAUACAUUAUUCAAACAAAAUUAUUAUUUGCUAAAAAAUGUAUGAUAGUUUAGUAAAAGCAUUUCUUUUUUAUCUGAUUUUUCUUUUUCAGUCCACUCUGAUUCAUUUCGUCCAAUUGUUAACAUAAAGAAUUGUAUUUUAUUACUAAAUUAUCGCAUUUUAAAUAACAAAAGAGACAAAAUUAAAAAAAUCGUAUUCUAUCUUUUUCCAACAAAAUGUAAUCGAUCGAUGCAUUUCCACAGUAAUUGUACCAUCUAGUACCUAAACUUGUGUAACCAUAGAAACAAUUGCAUAUUGGAAUAAUUAUUCGUUGUAAAAAAUAAUAAAAAAAAAAAAAAAUAAAUAAAAAUAAAAAAAAAUAAAAAAGAAAAAGUAAAAGAAAAAUAUCAUAUGUUUAAGUUUUAAAAAUUUAUAGUUUAAAAAAAUAUCAAUUAUUAUUAUUUAUCCCUAGUUCCUUGAGAUUAUGUUUAAGAUGCAGAGUUAGACAAAGAAAGAAUACGGUGAUCUAAUGUUUGCCUUUUUGUCUCCUAGAGUACUACAAUUAUUUGACAUUGGACACAUGUAGUCCGUUCUAUGUAUCGAUGGAAUAUUCUUUGGAAUUGACAGCUAUCUUCUCUUUGUUAUUAUAUGUACCAAGCUAAUAGAAGUAAGAUUUGUUCUUCUGAGAUCUGUAUCAUAUCCUUAUAUAGAAAUUUAGGACACGAAGACAUCAAAAUCAAUUGUCAUGGCUCGUAUAAUAAAUCAAGAGACUUAUGAUGAAGCUGUUAAUGAAAAUAUCGAAAUAUUUUCUAUGUCACCUGAGGAAGCUAUCGAAGAAACCAUAAAGCAAUUUAAUUCACAGGGAGUAGAUCUAAGCAAUAUCAUUAAAGAUUUAAUUAUAACGCAAGAUCAUGAAUUAAUAUUGACUUACCUAGAUCAGCUUAGAUCUGCUCUGGCCAAAAAACAUUAUGAAAAAAUUCCUCAUGUGUUGGAUAAACUUUCUGACAAAUUAGAUAAGGACAUUGCACGUAGAGUAUAUGCUGGAAAACGUGGUUGUUAUGGUAUUUUACUUAGCAUUAUGAAAGAUUGCAAAUAUGAUACUUUGAUACUUAAAUCUGCAUUAGAAACCAUUACCUCAUUAAUGACUGGUAAUCCAGAUUUAUUGGAUGACAAAGGUGUUUCUAUUCAAAUGGAAAUCUUGGAUAAACAGGAGGACAAACUGGUACUACAAUGUUUAUUACAUUGGAUAAGAGCAUGUUGUAUAAAACACGAAGCAAAUAGACAAAACAUAUUUAAUGCUGAUAUUUUUAAUAGACUUAAAAAGAUAUUAACUCGUGAUGAUGCGACAGCAUCGGAAGUACGAGAUGCAUGCUCUGUAAUUAGAGCACUUGUAUUAGACGAUGAUAUAAGACAUGAAUAUGGAAAAGCACAUGAACAUGCGACAGUUAUAGCAAGGGGUGCAUUGGAUGUACUUACUGGUUUAUUAUCCAAAUUUAAAAAUGAAAAAGCUGUAAUGGGUGACUUGAUGAUCACACUGGCUUCUUUAAUCGUUAGAAAUGAAUUUUGUCAGGACGUAACAGACGCGGGUGGCUUAAAAUUUGUUCUGGACAUUAUCAUUAAUUAUCCUGAUUCAGAGAAAUUAAAUUGGCAAGCUUUGAAAUUAUUAAAAGCUCUUGCUGGCAAUGACAAUGUAAAAUCGCACAUAGUGACUGCAGGAGGUGCACCUUUGAUCGUCUCUGUGAUCAGUAGAUUCAAGAAAUUUGAAGGCAUUGUUGUCGCUGGACUUGCAUGCAUCUCUGCGUUAACAUUAAGAAGUUCAUCGAAUGCAGGAGUGUUUUAUGAUUGUGGAGCACCAAGAAUAAUCAUUGAUUGUAUGAAUUCCUAUCUUAAAAAUUUUAACGUUAUAAAGCAAGCAGCUUGGGCAAUAAGAAAUAUGUCAGUGAGGAACAAGUUGGAAUGCAAAGAAUUUAUUGCUUAUGGCGUUGAAGAAAUAUUAAAUAGUGCCCUAAAGAUACAUGGGACUAAAGGAGAAAACGAUAUAAAGGCUGCUUUAAGAGACUUAGGAUUGAAGGUUGAAUUAAAAGAAAGAUGGACUGGCAAGGGUGCCAAAUUGAAUAGCGAAACAGAUAAACGAACUUCAUGCGAAUGAUAAUAUCUUCGAAGAAAUUUUCAAAAGGUUGCAAUUAUAAAUAACAAUUGAGAUUAUUACAUUUGUUUAAACUUACAUCUACUAACAAUAAUAUUUAACAUGACUGACUUAUAAAUUUGAACAUUUUGCAUUUAUGUAAUUUUUAUGUCAAUUUUAUCUUUUUGUUAUAUUCUAUUUUGUUUAACACAUCUUUUUAACACUUGAACGCUACUUGUAUAUUAUAUUAAUAUAUAAUACAUUUUUAUAUUUAUUACAUGAAGUUGUUGUUACGUAAAAACCUUUGGAAAUCUUUAAAAAAAAAAAAAAAAAAAAAAAAAGAUGAAUAGUGUGUUAAAAAGUAUGUU